GCUCUUGAUAAGAAGUACUUUUUAGACUUCAAGAUUUCAGAAGAGAGGUGAAAGAGUAUAUUGCAACUUUGAGUCAAGCCUGUAGACAGGUGGACUGACAGACGGAUUAAACCACAGGAGGUGACCUAUUGAGAAACAAAUACUGGGCAAACCUGCUCUUCUGCACCAAGGGUGGGAAAAAUGUCACAAGUUACAUCCUCCUAUUCCUAUGAUGCUCCAACAGACUUCAUCAAUUUUACAUCUUUGAAUGAUGAGGAAGAUACCCAAAACAUAGAUUCCUGGUUUGAAGAGAAGGCCAAUUUGGAGAAUAAGUUUCCUGGGAAGAAUGGUACAGGAGGGCUUUUUCAGGGCAAAACUCCUCUGAGAACAGCUAAUCUUCAGCAAGAUGUCACACCUUUGAGACCAGUUGACAACACUUAUAACAAAGAGGCAGAAAAAGAAAACCUGGUGGAAGAGUCCAUUCCAACAAAUGCUUGUUCUUCUCUGAAAGUCAAAGGAACCACAUCAAGAAAUAUUCUAGCUCAGCCUCAGAGAAGAUCUCUUAGACUCUCUGCUCAGAAGAAUUUGGAACAGAAAGAAAAACAUCAUGUACAAAUGAAAGCCAAGAGAUGUGCUACUCCCGUAAUCGUCAAUGAAAUUCCACCCUCCAAAAAAAUGAGAGUUUCUCACAAUAAAAAGAAGCCAGAGGAAGAGGAAGAAAGCAGUGCUCAUCAAGAUACUUCUGAAAAGAAUGAGUCUUCCCCAGAGAAAGCCAAGGGCAGACAUACUGUGCCUUGUAUCCCACCUGUAAGGCAGAAGAUUCUAAAAAGUACUGAGGAGCAAGAGUUGGAGAAGAGAAUGAAAAUGCAGCAAGAGGUGGUAGAGAUGCGGAAAAAGAAUGAAGAAUUCAAAAAAUUUGCUCUUGCAGGAGCAGGGCUCCCUGUGAAGAAAUCAGUGAGCCAGGUAACCAAAUCAGUUGACUUCCACUUCCUCACAGAUGAGCGAAUCAAACAACAUCCUAAGAACCAGGAGGAGUAUAAGGAAGUGAACUUUACAUCUGAACUGCGAAAGCAUCCUCCGUCUCCUGCCCGCGUGACUAAGGGAUGCACCAUUGUUAUGCCUUUCAACCUGUCCCAGGGAAAGAAAAGAACAUUUGGUGAGACGGCUUCUACGUAUGUGCCCCUUGCACAGCAGGUCGAAGCCUUCCAUAAACGAACCCCUAACAGAUAUCACUUGAGGAGCAAGAAGGAUGAUAUUACUCUGUUACCCUCCAAAUCUGUGGCCAAGAUAUGCAGAGACCCACAGACUCCUGUGCUGCAAACCAAACAGCGUGCAAGACCUGUGACCUACAAAAGUGCAGCAGAACAGGAGGCUGAGGAGCUCGAGAAACUGCAGCAAUACAAAUUCAAAGCACAGGAACUUGAUCACAGAAUUCUUGAAGGUGGGCCCAUCUUGCCUAAGAAACCGCCUGUGAAGCCAUCCACUCAGCCUAUUGGCUUUGAUUUGGAAAUUGAGAAGAGGAUCCAGGAGCGAGAGUCAAAGAAGAAAUUGGAGGAUGAACACUUUGAAUUUCAUUCUAGGCCCUGCCCUACUAAGAUCUUGGAAGAUGUUGUGGGUGUUCCUGAAAAGAAAGUACUUCCAAUCACUGUCCCCAAGUCACCAGCCUUUGCUCUGAAGAACAGAAUCAGAAUGCUCACCAAAGAAGAUGAGGAAGAGGAGGAGCCAGUAGUGAUAAGAGCUCAACCUGUGCCAUAUUUUGGAAUGCCUUUUAAACCCCAAAUCCCAGUGGGAAGAACUGUGGAAAUAUGCCCUUUCUCUUUUGAUUCUCGAGACAAAGAACGUCAGUUACAGAAGGAGAAGAAAAUGAAAGAACUGCAGAAAGGGGAGGUGCCCAAAUUCAAAGCGCUUCCUUUGCCUCAUUUUGACACCAUUAACCUGCCGGAGAAGAAGGUGAAGAAUACAACCCAGGUUGAGCCUUUCUGCUUUGAGACUGACAGAAGAGGUGCUCUGAAGGCACAGACUUGGAAGCACCAGCUGGAGGAAGAACUAAAACAGCAGAAAGAAGCAGCUUGCUUCAAGGCUCGUCCAAACACCGUCAUCUCCCAGGAGCCCUUUGUUCCUAAGAGAGAGAAAAAAUCCCUUACUGAGGGCCUUUCUGGUUCUCUAGUUCAAGAAACUUUUCAGCUGGCCACGGAGAAGAGAGCCAGGGAGCGGCAGGAGCUGGAGAAGAGAAUGGCUGAGGUGGAAGCCCAGAAAGCCCAGCAGUUGGAGGAGGCCAGGCAACAGGAGGAAGAGCAACAGAAGGAGGAGCUGGCCAGACUACGGAAAGAACUGGUACACAAGGCAAAUCCAGUACGCAGGUACCAGGGUGUGGAAGUCAAGUCAAGUGACCAGCCCUUGACCGUGCCUGUAUCGCCUAAGUUCUCCACUCGAUUCCACUGCUAAACUCGGCUUUGAGCUGUGGACACCGUCUGGGAACCAGAGCUACUCUUCCCAUUAAACCAGGAGCCUUCUUUGUCACAGGGGCAUGGAGAGAACCCAUUUCUCCAGGCUUUUUCCUACCCAUGCCUGACAAGUGUGGACUCCAAUUUCAUUGAGAGCUGUUUUCCUACAUUAUUGUGGCUAAUAAUGAGACUCAACUCAUGUAUGUCUCAACCAGACUCCAUGUAGUUAUUUCCUUGGAACCAUCAGUUGACCUUUAAUAUGGGUCUUAACUCUGACUAGAAUUUAAAGUCUCUGUAUCAGUACAGUGUAACUUCUGUUGCCCUUACCCCCCGCCCCCCUUUUUUUCCUAUUUUAAUCAGAAAAUAAAGAUAGUUAAAUACUGAGAUAGGAUUUAAGUCAUGAAUUAAAUGAGGAACCAUCAGUAGUAUGUCAGAUUCUUUCCUCUUCUCUAUGCAAAAUGAAUUUAGAGUUAAGGAGCCCUUCGCUACGAGGGGGGAAGCCUCAUUAACUGCAUGACGAGGAAGAGACUUGACUGACGGGAACCUCACAGCAGCCAUCGGCUGGCCUCGGGUAGAGCUUGCUGUUCAGGCACGUUCUUCCCUUGUUGGUGCUGAUGAUAAUAGGGGGCGCUGAGUAGUACACGUUUUAAGUCCUCCAGUGACCUAGACUGGAAUAAAUAUGUUUGUCUUCCCUC